AUGGCCGCUCCCAACCCCGAGGGCGGCUCGUACGGGGCUCCGCCGCCGCUGGACGACGUCGAUAUAGUCAACCCGGGUCCGCUCGGCCCGCUUGGCCUCCGGGGUCGUGUCGGCCUUAGCCGAGCUCGCUACGCCGGCCGUCUGGGCGGUCCUCUGGGAGGACCCAUUGGAGGACCUUUGGGAGGACGACUGGGAGGACGGCGGGGCGCACUGAUCGAGAACCAGGGCAACCCACCGCAGCUGCGGCCGGACGGUCUGCUGGACGGGCCGGGCGUGCCCUACAGCUUCAACUGGGCCGUGGACGAACCCGACUACGGCAACAACUACGGCCACGCCGAGGAGAGUGACGGCAUCGUGACGCAGGGCGAGUACCGCGUGCUGCUGCCCGACGGCCGCACCCAGAUCGUCACGUACCGGGUGGAGGGUGACAGCGGCUACCAGGCUCAGGUCACCUUCAGCUGGGCCGUGGACGAACCCGACUACGGCAACAACUACGGCCACGCCGAGGAGAGUGACGGCAUCGUGACGCAGGGCGAGUACCGUGUGCUGCUGCCCGACGGCCGCACCCAGAUCGUCACGUACCGGGUGGAGGGUGACAGCGGCUACCAGGCUCAGGUCACCUCCAGCUACGGCUACUAG